UUUAAUUACGCGCCCGGGAAUUGGCGGCGAUCGGCAGUAACUUUAGCGUUUGAAUGCACGCUUGCAAAAGAGAAAAAGUGUCUUUAAAGGGGUUGGUGGAGUGUGAGGUGAAUGUGCCGAUUUGAAACCAAAGGUUAGAAAGCGCUGCGUCUCCCCGGAGGAGCGUAGCCCGCAGGCCGGGCGGCCGCCUCCGGACUGUCCGGAGACAACAUGGCGGCCCCCGGAGCCCGAAGCUGCAACCUGUCGGGCCUGCUCCCGGCUCAGACUUCGCUGGAGUACGCCCUGCUCGAUGCCGUCACCCCGGAGGAAAAGGACAGCCUGGUCUACCAGUAUCUGCAGAAGGUGGACGGCUGGGAGCAGGACUUGUCAGUGCCCGAGUUUCCGGAAGGGUUAGAAUGGCUGAACACAGAAGGGCCUAUUUCUGUCUACAAGGAUCUCUGUGGAAAAGUGGUUGUCCUUGAUUUCUUCACCUACUGCUGCAUAAACUGUAUUCACCUCCUGCCUGAUCUCCAUGCCUUAGAACACACCUACUCUGAUAAAGAUGGUCUUCUGAUCGUUGGUGUUCACUCAGCUAAGUUCCCAAAUGAAAAAGUCCUGGAUAACAUCAGGAGUGCUGUCCUUCGAUAUGACAUCACCCACCCCGUGGUCAAUGACGCGGAUGCCAGCCUGUGGCAAGAACUAGAGGUGUCCUGCUGGCCCACUCUGCUCAUACUUGGGCCCCGUGGGAACAUGUUGUUUUCUUUGAUUGGGGAGGGACACAAAGAUAAAUUAUUUUUGUAUACUUCAAUAGCUUUAAAGUAUUACAAAGACAGGGGACAGAUCAGAGAUAACAAAAUUGGAAUAAAGCUCUAUAAAGACACUUUGCCACCCUCGCCACUGCUGUUCCCUGGCAAAGUCACAGUAGACCACGUUUCUAAGAGACUGGUAAUAGCAGACACUGGACAUCAUAGAAUUUUGGUCGUCUGGGAGAAUGGACAAAUUCAGUACAGCAUUGGAGGACCCAAUCCUGGAAGAAAAGAUGGAAUAUUUUCAGAGUCAACUUUUAAUUCACCACAGGGCGUAGCCAUAAGGAACAAUAUCAUCUAUGUGGCAGAUACAGAAAACCACCUUAUAAGAAAGAUCGACCUGGAAGCUGAGACAGUGAGCACUGUGGCUGGCAUCGGGAUUCAAGGCACAGACAAAGAAGGCGGGGCCAGAGGGGAGGAGCAGCCCAUCAGUUCCCCCUGGGAUGUCGUUUGGGGAUCAUCAGAUUCAGAGGUCCAAAGAGAUGACGUCCUGUGGAUAGCCAUGGCAGGGACUCACCAGAUCUGGGCACUUCUGCUGGACUGUGGCCGACUCCCAAAGAAAAGUGAGUUGAAAAAAGGGACCUGCCUGCGGUUUGCCGGCAGUGGGAACGAAGAGAACCGAAAUAACGCGUACCCUCACAAGGCGGGCUUUGCCCAGCCGUCAGGCCUCUCCCUGGCCGCGGAGGCCCCCUGGAGCUGCCUGUUCGUAGCCGACAGUGAGAGCAGCACGGUGAGGACGGUCUCGCUGAAAGACGGCGCCGUGAAGCCCCUCGUGGGAGGAGAGAGGGACCCCGUGAAUCUCUUUGCUUUUGGUGAUGUUGAUGGAGUAGGAAUCAGUGCAAAGCUUCAGCACCCACUCGGAGUAACGUGGGACAAGAAAAGGCAUUUGCUUUAUGUGGCAGACUCUUACAAUCACAAGAUUAAAGUUGUGGAUCCAAAAACAAAAAGCUGUAUAACAUUAGCAGGAACUGGAGAUGCAAGUAAUGUCAGUUCCAGUUUCACCGAGUCAACUUUUAAUGAACCAGGAGGCUUGUGUAUUGGAGAGAAUGGCCAGUUAUUGUAUGUAGCAGACACGAAUAAUCAUCAAAUUAAAGUGAUGGAUUUAGAAACAAAAACAAUUUCUGUGCUCCCAGUCUUCAAGGCUGGAACUGCUGUGGUAGAUGGCCCGUCCCCAGGGGCAACCCAGAGGACAGUACCCACACUACCCAGGUCAGCUCCCAGCAUCACACUUGCCCCGGUGGCUGCCUCUCCAGGACAGACCCUCCAGUUCAAGCUCCGACUAGACUUCCCCCCAGGAGCAAAGCUGACUGAAGGAGCACCCAGUCGCUGGUUUCUGACAGCUGAAGACAACGAAUGGCUCCUUCAAGGACAGGUGCCAUCUGGAGAAAUAGAGAGUGUCUCCAACCAACCAACCAUCUCACUGCAGAUUCCUGGGGACUGCUUGUCCCCCGAAGCCGUCGUGUCUGUCCGCGUGUUCCUCUACUACUGCAGCGCGGACAGCAGUGCCUGCAUGAUGAAGGGGCUUCUGUUUAGUCAGCCCUUACGGAUAACCGGUGCGCAGCCAGGUGGCGUGGCUCCGGUGGAGCUCAAGUACGUGUUUUAGCACGCUAGCUAGCAGCCAGCCUCCACCGCCACCUGUGCUCCGCCCGCGCAGCACUGUAACUCACGACGAGGAACCUGAUUUCUGCCUCCGAAUACCGAGAAGCCCACUGCUCAGUUCAAGCACCUGACGUUCAAGUACAGCUAUGCUCCUUAUUUAAUUAUUUAUUGUAAACAAAUUCCUUCCUUCUGGCUGGGCACCAGCUAAGUCGCUGACCAUCAUCUGAACCUCGGACGCUGCAAUCUAUGCUGCUGUUGCCACAUGACGUAGUCCACACUGACAGUAGGGAACAUUAUCCUGAGAUAAUUUGCAGUGAUUACUGAGAACAACGACACCAAAUAUUUUAACUAACUUUUUCUACCUUGAACAUUGAGCAGCGCAUUUGAACGUGUAGAUUUCACAAUAACUUGAAAGGGAACCCAACAUUCGGUUUUCACGUUGGUUAUGAGGACACCUGACAUUCCAGGCGGGAGGUCUUUUCUAAGCCCCCUCCCCCGAAAGUCUUUGUCACGGUAGCAGCUCUCGGAGUACCUGGGUGGUGAAGGUGUUCUGUGUGCUCUUCUGCAGCUUUCUCAGUUGACAUACACUGAAAAGAGAAUUUGUAUCUAUUUUCAUCAUGUUACUUGUUAUUCUAAAUGACCAUCAUUAAUGCCUUAUAACUCUAUACAGAAAAGUGUCUAAGGACAUACAGACUCGCUCCUUACCUGCUUUCGGAGCAAACAGCCUUACCAGGUAACAAAGGAAGUAGGGCUCCCGAGGACCGAGGGACUUGGGGACGCGGUACUGGGAUAAACUGAUGACAAAGAACCAUGGCAGCUCAGUCUGGUGUCAGUGGGCAUGUGUGUUUCAGAAAUUUACAUUUCACUCAUAAGCAUUAAAUGCAGAUUUGUUGGAUUUUGGUAUUUUUGAUUCCCAUAAUCAGAAUUUAAGUUACGACCAUUUAUUGUGAUAUGUUUUUUUUAAAUCACUUUUAAACCUUUCAAUUGAACAUUUCAUUGUGUUGCACUUUUAUGCUAUUGAUACGUAUAGAAUACCCUAAUGUGUUACUCUUUAAAAUAUUAAGGCUGAAAUAUACAGGGAUUUGAUAACAUUGGGGUUUUUUUAGCCCCAGAUAUGUUGAAAGUUUUUAUUAUAAUUUCCCUAUAUAACUAUUUAAAAGCCGAGUCUUGUUUUUACUAAAACUGAUUCAACAUGUUUGUGAUUUAAUCGGCUUACAAGGUUUUUAAAAAAAAAAUCAGGUGAACCAUAUUCAGUAAAUAUAGAUAAUGUGGCACAUGCCUUCCCCCUUCCAAAGCAGUAAGUUGGGAGUAUAAUCUUUUAAGCACCAUCACCUGCCUGUUUUCUUACAUGUUCUGAAACACAGUUUUGUACGUACUCCCUCUUUCAUUCAGGUCGCCUACAUCUCUGAAGCCCAGAAAUGCGCAGAUCAUGACUUUCGACUAAAUUGUAACCUGCUCAAGCUAUCGAAAGAGAGGUAUAAUGUAGAGAAUUCUGUUUAAAAUGAUAUGUAAUUACCUCAUAAGCCUUUUCUCUCCAAAAAAAAAGUUUUGUAAUAAAAUUACUUACAACAUUAAUAUUCUCUUUUAUGGCAAAUAGGCCAUAGUCAUUUUUCUAAUAACUUUCGAUUAUACUUCUCAUUUCAAACUGGUCAGGAUGAGAAUAUUUUGGCUUUAUCUUUUCCUGUGUAAGGACAUAAACAGUUUCCCUCUCUAAAGGAGUUUAUAAAAUUUUAACUUGCUAAUUCAGAUAAUUCCGAUAAUUAAUUUUUCAACAUUGUCCACAAAGACACCGGUGGUGAGCAUUUUUAAAAAUCCGAAAAUAUUUCUUAGAAUCUGUUAAUGUUUCCUUUGUCUGGACCAGGGGUGUCAAACUCAUUUCCACCCGGGGCCACCAUCGGCCUCACGGUUGCCUUCAGAGGGCCGAAUGUGACCUUAGGACUGUGUACAUGUGACUGCUCCUUGCAGUGAAGCGAGAGCUCAGUGCCCCUCCAGGCAGAAACGAGGCGGAGGCCGCAUUCGGCCCGCGGGCCUCGUGUUUGCCACCGAGGUCUGGGCGGCGUUUUAUGUUCCUACUCUUACCCACCCGCCAGUCUGCAUUGUUUUCUACAGUCGGAAUAUUAUUUAUGUAAUUAGUGUAACUUUUUGUAAAUUAUACUAAAGCAAUAUAAAUAGGUUCCUGGAAUUUAUGACUAACAUAUCUGUUACAUAAGAGGAAGUACAAGAAAGAUUACUUUUAAAAAUUUCUUGAUCCUGUCUGCCUUCUGUUUUCCAUAGGAACGUCUGUAUUUUUAACUUUCGCUAUUUUCCGUGCAUAAAUUAUGAUACCCAAUAAUAGUAGAGUAAGUUGCCUAAUCAAAGUGCCAGGAGUGUGGCAUUACAGACGCUUGGAUGUAAUACCUACAAUCCUUGCCCUAAAUUAUAUGUUACUGCUUUGUCACUAUUCUUUCUGCCACUCUCGGUGAUACCAUUCCACAAUUUUUCUUUCUGCACUUAUGCUCUGGAUUGAUAUGAUCCCUGAAAAGAAUUUUACUUAUCUUGAAUAUGCUGUCUCAAGCAAGUAUUUAACAACUGUGCACAAGGGAAUACUUUACAGUUUAAUAACCCAUAAGUGUAACUUUGGCAAAGUUCAGUGACUAAAAAAAAACAGUUUUCUCCUUAAUGUUCUAAUAUAUUUGUUAUCAGGCCUGUAGAAAGCUAUAAAUCUUACAGCUAAAAAGGGGGAUUUAUUAUGUGUGGGUGAGUGUGUGUGUGUACAUACAUAGAUACAAAGAUCAACUCAGGAAUUUCUCACACAAGUUUCUCUUAUGGCCAAUAAGCUUUUUUGAGCUAACACCACUGAAAUAAGUUACUCUCUGCUUGUUUCUCUAUAGUUGAAAAAUUUGGGAAGAUGUUGAUAAUACUGUCUCUGUAAUAUUUUUCUGCUUGUACAGAAUUUACUGUUGGUUUAUAUCUGCCAUUUACAGCAAGUUUGGUCUGGCUGUUGUACCCGGCGUCGUUUUUAAGGGCAGUUAUCAGGAACCAGCUAAGCUCCAUCGUUCACAACUGCAUCAAAGUACAUGCAGAAGGGCUGCGUCAACGGUGCUUCUCCUGAACGGUGGAAUUACGAAUAUUUUUAUUUUAAUUCUGCUUUAUUCUUUUUUCAGUGAGUGAUGUGUUAUUUUUGAAAAACCAACAGGAAAUUUUUUAACAAGUUUCAAUGAACUGAAUAGUAAGCACUUAUUAUAUAAUAACUUUUCUAAAGUCACUUUUACUACCAAAGAUCAAAACAUAGUUUAGAGCUCUUAGCUCUACCAGUUUUAAGUGUGUGCUUUGGUGAAGAUAGAGAUGUUUAUGGCUGCUGCUGCUCCUGGGGUUUUUAUUGUGUGAUGGAAUGUGGUGGCUGAGGGCGGACUGGGCCGUCCUGAGGGUUCUAACCGUGUAAAAUGGGGCUGCUGUACGGAUGCCAUGAAAUAGUGUUUGUGAAGCAUUUAGUAAUCAAUGAAAAUGCUAAUCAUUGGCUUAGUUGAUGAUAAUUUAUGACCAUAACCACAUGGCUUGACAUCUCUGCAACCACAGUUUCUAAAGGAAGCUGUUUCUCUAUCUGCUGUUUGAUACGUUAAUGUUCUCCACGGAGCUGGGAUUCAAUAGAAGAAAUACGGUUUUAUAAAGCAUAUAGUAAAGCAUAUUACUGUUUUAUGAGUGAUACAUACUUACAAAAAAGUAUACUUGCAGUUCUAGUUUUAAAAUGUUUUGUAGACCUUCUACAACUACGAGCAAUAAGCUUCCUUCGAGAGGGUCUAGACAUCCUCACUCCAAACCACACUCUGAUGGUGCUUUACAAAAGCUUCGGAGUACUUUUACGCAUCUUGCCUCAUUUGAGCUUCGGGAUAACCCGAUGAAUUAGACAAGUAGCUGCUACAUCCAUUCUGCAGAGUAGGAAACGGCUUUGGAAUGCCACCGCCCUGCCAGGAUCAGAGCUCCCAGCAUAAGCCCGCCUGCUGCUGGAGCGGCGUCCGGCGCGGGCAGUGGUUCGGCCAGUGCUGCUGAAUGACUGGAGGGCAGCGAGUGAUGGAUGGAUCGUGUCUUUGAGUCUUUGAUCGUAGGUCUCCUCCCGCCUUGCGCUUCUCUUAGAACUAGAGUGAAAACAACCUGAGAAAUUAAGAGGACUGACUUCCUUUUGUGAAUGCUCUUUUAAGCCUUUGCAGUAUUUCAAUAAAAACGAUAAGGAUGAUAGCUAAGUUCACUGGGUGCUUCCUACUUGCUGGCACUUUCCUACGUGCUUUACAUGUAUUAACUCCUUAAUGAACUCUCACAGCCACCCUAGGAGGGAGGCACCAUUUCUCCGCAUUUCCCUGGUGAGGGAGCGGAGCAGUGAGUCGGAGGCAGUCGCAGAAGCGCACAGGUCCCACGUGCCCAUCUGCCCUGCUGUCCGCCUCGCAGGGCAGUUUCCUCCAGACCCGCCCUCCGUGGUUACGUAUAGUAACUGAACAGCCCCGGGGAACCCAGAAAGCCCUAGUGAUAACUGGCUUUGAAAUUUAAAUCCGUUUAAUUAUAUUAGCUUUUUGGAUUUUUCAUUCUACACUCUUAUCUGUCAGGGUUUGAAACAGUCUGUGUAAUUGUUGUUUCCCAAAAGAUUUUCUGUACCAUUCUUUCUUAAAUUCAGAUGUUAUCCAGAGUUUUUCUUGGCAGAUGGAUGUAUUAAUGAAUUAAAUAGCUUUUUAGUAUUGGUUCCAACAAUGCUAUUUUAAUUGGUCUUCAACAGGCAGUCAUAAAUAGACCUUACCAUAAAGUUUAACUGUGCUCUCAGCACUGAACUGACUCAAACGCCCCAAACUCCUCUAUAUGUAAGAAAACUUUGUUUUAAUAGGGCAAGUGAGCUCUAGAAACAUAGUAUUUGGCCAGUCUGUUAACACACGUAAGACCCAGCGGUGACUCAAAUGCAGGGUCCGGCAGAAGUCAUGCCUGUGAGUGUGGUCGGUAGGGUAAUGAUAUGGGUGUCAUUAUUCAUAGUUUUAAUUUGGACAUUUCACCUAAAAUGUCCUAUGGUGUGCUUGAGUGUGAUAAUAUGUUACAGAAUUCCAUGCUUAGGAUUUUGUAAUAAGAGAUUCUGUAAUAAAAAGGGGUGUUAUUUGUGCGAGACCCUGUAUAUGCAAUGCUAUUAUAGUAAAAUGUUCCCCAGGUCAACCUGUUAUUCCAGCUUUAGCUACUCUUAGAAGGAGUGAAACCAAAUACUGUAUACCACUGGACUGUGAACAUCUUUUCAUUGUUAGUUUUGUAAUUUAAGUAAUAUUAAAAUCCGUUAGUUUUGUUUUAAAAUCUCAUUUCUGAAAUGCAUACGGAAUUGCACACCAACCUAAAGGGUAAUGAUAAUGUACUUUAGAAGUAGCACUCACAUAACAUCAUUUCAAUAAAGAAUUCACAUUCACCAUAAGUCACUCUUUUGGCCUGAAUUAAAAGUUUGCAUUUUCGGAUUCCUUGCAAUAGGGUAAUAUAAACAGUGGUGUUAAAAGUCAGAGAGUCUCGGCUCAUCUGCUGGCAUGUGCUCCCUGUCCGCCAGGCCUGGCCCUUCCACACACAGGACUGCCGGAGGGGCUGGCGCUGCGGGCUUUCUGCAGCUCUGGCUGCAGGGAGCCUGGGUGAUGGGCUGGAGGUGGCGCUUGGCAGCCCCUCCGACUGCGCCCCUUCCACUGCUGAUUUGCUUUGACUGCAAGCUUAGAGUUGGAAAGUCAAAACCCUAGACGCUUGUUGUGGAAUGUUUGCUAGUUAUUCAUUGCUUGGUGUGUCUCUCUUUGCUGGCAUGUCGUUCUCAAGUGUACGACCAAAGGAUGUUUCAUUCCAUUGAAACCUCCACAACCAGAAAAAAAGAAUGAAGUAUUUCCAAAUACGCUUCCCAGCCUUUGCCAGCAACCACACACUGCAAAGCCCGGCACAAGCACCCAGAGAGUUUUAUAGCUGUCAGGGCGCGGCAGGAGUUCCUUCCUCUAAGCAGCGACUUACAUCCUGGGCGUUCCUCAGUAAUACACAGUUAAGCAAAAUUGUCAGAUUUUUUUAAUGUGGAAAACUUGAAACUGGACAAAUAGAAAAUAAGACCUUUUGUUCUUAAUACAUUUCAUUACAUAUAUGUGAAAUAAAGGAAGAUGAGGCUUCGUAAUACUGAGAAGUAGAGAAAAAAAUUAGCUCUCCGAUUUAAUACACCCGGGUUAAACAGAUUUACGAUUCUUACUCUAAUGUGGUGUGCUCGGGAGAAUGUUAAGGUGCACAGGAUAAAACAUCAGUUGAUAAGUUAUGGUACUGGAGAGUGAAAAUAGAAUGUUCUUUCCUGAAAACGUAGGACUCUGCCACAGAACCAUCUGCUGUUUUUAGAAUUUGUAGUCAUUAUUUUUAGUCCCGCCAGAAACAUGUUCGUUCUGUGAGUGUUGCACGCGGCAUUCAUUGUGUCCAUUACCGUAUCAGCACUGCUCACUGGUGUGGCCGAAAUGUUUUGUUCCCGUGUGCCUCUGAUGUUCAUCAUCCAAAUGUAUCUGUAAAAACCGUGUACCACCACUGCCUCUCGCGCCGCAGGCUCUCCCCAACAACAGUGGCGCCUGUGGCGGUUUGGCUCAGGAAGUCUGAUUGCUCCCAUGCCAGACACAGCACAAUGAUUUUGUUGGGGUACAUUUUUUUUCUAAAAUUCCUAGUACCAGACUGCAAGGGAAGAGAAAAAUACCUUAUGUGACUUUGAAAUCAAUUUCUCUCUGUUUGGAAGUAUUCCUUCCUAAUUUUAUUUUAGGUAGGUUAAUAUAAAAAAAUUUUUAAUUCUCACUGUUAGGACCCAUGCAGAGCUGGUUUCGAAAUAUUUUAGUUGUUUGUCAUUACUUUACAUGUGGGUUAUGGACAAAGUUUUGUGUGUGACGUGCAUUUAUAUGAUUUCAAAUUGUUAACAGUUCAUAAAUUUGUCAAAUGUUAAAGACAAAUUCUUUUGUGUUGAUAAGGUUGUGGUUUUACUUCUGAGACUAGAGUUGGUCUGCUGUGCUGACUUCAUGCCUGUCCUUCCAAAGGUUUGGUUGUGUUUUUCUCCAAAUAUGAAAAAGAUGCAAUGAAAAUCCAAUUUACAAGGAUAUAUAUUGAUAUUUCUAGACAUGGUCUAGCUCUAAAAACAAUUUAUUUGAUUUGUAUUUUUAAGCGUUUCCUGUAGACAGAUUAAUAUAUUUUUAUACAAUGCUGUAUUUCUACAUUUAUUUCUGGACUAUUUUCUGUGACUUUCUCAAUGGUGCGUUAACAGAAGACUGUUUGGGAUUAGUGCGCGGUGGCUUUCCUGCCGAAUCUAAGGAAGUCAGGACGUGGGGCGCCGGGAAGCAAGAGUGUGCUCAUACUGUACGCUGAAACCUACUCACUCUUUUCUAAGGCUUUGUACACUUUUUCGUGGAACAUUAAAUAUUUUCUCUCUAAA